GGGGUCUGAAUACUUUCCGAAUGCACUGUACUUGUGUCUUUGACAAUUAAUUAUAUGAGGCUAUGUAUUUUUGCAGCCGUUCAUGGACAGUUUUGAAUAAGAUAAGUCAUACAAAUAAGCAUUGGAUAUUAAAUGCUCCAGCAAUCAAAUAUAAUUUUUUGACAUUUUAGUAUUGUGCACAUGCUAGGCAGAGAUGGUAGGGGGACUCACAACUCAUAAACACAUCAUUUUUUGUCUAUGUAGAGUAAGAUGAUGGCAAGGAUCUUUAAACCAUCUGAAUAUAGAUAUUCAUUAGAUAUUUCUUGAAGGUUGGGUGAAAUUAAUUGUUAUAACAUUAACAUUUUCAAACAUCCAGCACUUGGGAAACAUAGAUCAGAGAUGGCCAACCCUUCUGGAGAGCAAGCAGGAUUUUCUUCCAUCCCUAUUUUAAAGAUAGAGUUCACCCAACUGACAAAAUAUAAAAUCUUGGUGUCCUUACCUUGAAAGCAGUCUAUGGACAAGGAAACUGUAAUCUAUGAUGUGGUUACCCACUGCCAUCAAUAUAAAAAUGUCCUGUGCAGAGACUUGGCGUAGUGGUAACACUCCCCGGCACGUGUCACAUACAACUUUCCAACUGAGAACAGGGAUCAAUCCAUACUUCCAAACGUCUCACUGUUUCUAGCAUUUUGCUUGUCUCCCUAUCUCAUUUCAUUACUGUCUGAAUAAAGUGUCAAACCACCUAAAAAAGAUGUUAAAAAAAUAUUAGCAUACUUUACAUUUCACCCAAAAACCUAAAAGUAACAAAGUCAUUGAAUAUUGGGUGUACAUUUAAUGUUCAAAGCAUCCUGAAUACACAUAUUUUCCCACCCUGGUCAUAGGCCUUAGCCAUGGAAAAAUACGUAGAAUUGCAGGAAAUUAGCUUUAAAACAGUAAAAUCUUCCUGGGGUCCAACAUCUAGGGAUUGUGUCAGGGGGCAAUGAAAUUCACAUGGCAAAACUCACUCCAAGCUUUCUUCAAAAGUUGGCAGCCCUGACUUUGAUAUAGCACAAAACUGUAGACCUACAAUGUGAACUGAAAAUACUUGCCGUAAUGUACUUUUGUGACUAGUUUGAUGUUGUAAAGUGUGUAAUGUUGCUUUAGUUUAAUGGUCCAAUGUCAAAUUCCAUUUUAUACAAGCCAAAUGUAUGAGUGGACAAACGCGAUCAUAUUUUAUUGUGCCCCGAGGCUGCAGAAAUUGCAAGUGCUCAUGUGCUCUUAAUAGGAAGAGAAUACUAACCGUACAAUACAGUAUGUGAUUGUGGUUUUAAAAGGGUUACUUGGACCUGACCUGUAUAUAUCAGUAAAUUUAGCAAGAAUUUGAGGGGGGCAUGUAUAAUGAUCAUUGUCUGAACAGAUAAUACGAUGUGAAAAUGGUGGAUCUAGGCUAGCUAAAUCCAUUAACAGGCUUCUUAGAACCGGAUUUAAACAGGCUGUUUAACUGGACCUCUGAUUGGGGAUUUAUUCAGGAGGGAACAUUGCAACAAAAUUGAGUAUUGCUUUUUAUUAAACAUUUCUGAUUGACCACAUGAGAAUGACAGUGAAACAGGUUCUUAAUAAUUAUUUUUGACUGGGAAUGGGCGAUUUUGCAUGCAGUUCAUAAUCUGGCCUUUAGAUGCCCAUGUAGCAGCAUCAUUGUAGCUGAGAACAGCUAGCUAACGCGUAUCACAAAUAUCCCCAAACCCUGGGGCUGCUUUUCACUAGUUAGCUAGUUAAAGACUAGCUUUAUUGACAAAAUAUGCAGAAGUAUGAAAAGCUUGAAAAGAUUGGAGAGGGUACAUAUGGAACUGUUUUCAAAGCAAAAAACAGAGAAACGCAUGAAAUCGUGGCUUUGAAAAGAGUGAGAUUGGAUGACGACGAUGAGGGGGUCCCAAGUUCUGCCCUGCGAGAAAUUUGCCUCCUGAAAGAACUGAAGCAUAAAAACAUUGUCAGGUUGCAUGAUGUUCUGCACAGUGACAAGAAGUUAACAUUGGUGUUUGAAUUUUGUGAUCAGGAUCUAAAGAAGUAUUUUGACAGCUGCAAUGGAGACCUAGAUCCAGAAACGGUCAAGUCAUUCAUGUACCAGCUGUUGAAGGGGCUUGCUUUCUGCCACAGUCGGAAUGUUCUCCAUAGAGACCUGAAGCCACAGAACCUUCUCAUCAACAGGAAUGGGGAAUUGAAGCUGGCUGACUUUGGCUUGGCUCGAGCCUUUGGAAUCCCAGUGAGAUGUUACUCAGCAGAGGUUGUGACGUUGUGGUAUAGGCCCCCAGAUGUGCUCUUCGGUGCUAAGCUUUAUUCUACCUCCAUUGACAUGUGGUCUGCUGGAUGUAUAUUUGCAGAGUUGGCAAACGCUGGAAGGCCCCUUUUCCCGGGUAAUGACGUCGACGACCAGCUGAAGAGGAUCUUCAGAUUGUUGGGUACACCAACUGAAGAACAGUGGCAGACAAUGACAAAGCUCCCAGACUACAAGCCGUACCCCAUGUAUCCAGCCACGACCUCACUGGUGAAUGUUGUCCCCAAACUCAGUAGCACAGGACGGGAUCUGCUGCAGAAUCUGUUGAAGUGUAAUCCUGUCCAGAGGAUCUCUGCAGAGGAGGCAUUGCAGCACCCCUACUUUGCUGAUUUCUGCCCACCGUAGAUGAGAUGCCAAAACACACGUCACUUAACUGAACCUCAGACAUCGGAAUCAAUCCUCUUUCUCUCCAUCUUCUCUACAGGACCUGUCUAUCCUGACUCCCUGCAAGACUCAUCUUCCAGCAGCACCCGUUUUAACUAAGAGACUUCCUUCCCUUCAGUAUAUCCUGUUGUGCCUCCUAAUGGAAUUAAGUCCUUGUGUGCUCUGCAAGAUUUUAGGUUCUAUUAGCAAGCCUGUUUGUCUUCUCUUUGUCUGUUAAGCACAUUAAGCGCACUGACAUAGGAACAUAACAUGUAGCGAUGAACAAUUCUGGACCCGGAGAAACAGUGAAUCCUUCUGAGCCAAUAGCUGCACAGCAGAGUAAGCGGUGUGAACAAUUGCAUUAGUGUGCUGCAUAAUGUACUGGCAAAAAUGUAGUUAUUUGGAUACAUUCUUCAAAUAGUGUUUGUGCCACUGCUGUUAACUUGUCAAUAUUGCAUUAAUAGUUUAUGAUAAGAUUGGAGACAGUCUUCCUUGUCCUUCAUCAUAGUCUAAACCAUUUCCCACUUACUUUAAUAGGAGGUUGUAAAACAGAGGGGAGGUUUAUUUAUAUUUAUCAGUUAAUUCUCAGGCUCUCUAUUUAGCUUUUUGUAUUCGAUUUUUUUUGUGCACUUUGGGUAAAAGGCAUUUUCUUUUUUAAUAGUUUAGAUCUAGUCCCGGUCAAGUAAAGUUGAACACAAAGAUGGGGUCAACAUAUGUAUUAUGAACAGUGAACCAUACGUACUUGAGUAAUUGCUUUUAUUUUUUAGUUUCAUUUUGUAACUUUCUACCAUCUUUGCGCUUUGACCUGAUGUCUUAUAGUUUAAUGAAAGUGAAGUGAGAGCGGAGGAAAUCCGUUGAUACCUAUAUUACUACAUUACCAUUGUUUUGCACCACUGACUUUAGCUGUGUUCACGCAGAUGGGUAACUUCAUUUUGGCAAAGAACUAGUAAGUUUUGCAGUGUUAUUUUACUCCAGAUAGUCACUACUUAUCCCACGAAAGCCAACAUUUUUAACUCCUAUUUGAGGUUGCUGUCAACUACCAAAACUUUGGUUUUGAUCAAUAGGGAAAAUAUUUCAUUUUGAUGUAAGAGAAAAAAAUAAUAGAAUGCAUGUAUUUAUUGAUAAUUGAAUGUCUGCUUAUGUAUGCAUUUAGUCUCUUUUUUUAUAUACAACACAUUACCUUUCAUGAGUUGCAAUGUUCUCCUUAUUAAAAUAAUGAAAUGUGUGAUGCGUGUGUGUUUGCAUCCGAGUUGAGUUGGAACAUCACAAGAUUCCAUUAUCACAUGUAAAGACAAGCAAUUCCCCGUGCUUAUUUUAGAAAAGAGUACUGUAGAAUAUUAGUUUAAAUAUGACAUGAUUUUAAUCUUUAUUUAGAAUGACGAGUGAACUUUGCACUUUCCUAUUAUCAUAGUUUUAUUGUAGGACUUGGGUUAAGUAUUUAGACAACUUGCUGUCAGUCAGUUGUCUUGAAAUUUCAAAACACGACAGUUCAAUAAAGUGGACUCAAAGGUU